GCACCUCCCUGGCGCGUCGUCGGUCGUCAUGGAGGCGAGGAGCAGGAACGUCUUCGGCACUGUCAAGGUUUUUGUGGCGUGUCACAGUGUGCUGCAGCUAUCGCAGCUGUUGGUGUCGGGCUAUAUGAAGAGUUCCAUCUCCACCAUCGAGCGGCGCUACGGUCUCUCCAGUCAGAAGUCGGGGCUGCUGGCCGCCUUCAACGAGGUGGGCAACACGCUGCUGAUCGUCUUGGUCAGCUUCCUGGGGAGUCGCGUCCACCGCCCUCGCGCCAUCGGCUGCGGCGCUCUCUUGGCCUGUUUGGCGUCGCUGCUCAUGGCGCUGCCGCACUUCCUGAGCGGGCCGUACCGCUACGGCGAGCGGCGCUACCACGGCGACGACCGCGCCGCUCGUGAGUCCCGAGCCCCUCAGCGCCGUCGGCGGCGUGAGCGCUUUAGUCCCGCCUCCCUUGUUCUCCACGCAGCCGCCUGGAACGGCUCCGGCCUGUGCCGCCGGGAGAACGUCGCGGCCGAGGCGCCGUCGUCCAAUGGCAGCUGCGGCGAGCGGGGAAGCUUCGCCCACGAGGGCGUCUACCCUCUGCUGCUAUUUGCUCAGCUGCUGCUGGGCGUGGCCUCCGUGCCCAUGCAGCCUUUCGGCAUCUCCUACAUCGACGACCACGCCAGCAGGAAGAACUCGCCGCUCUACCUGGGCAUCCUACUGGCCGUCACCGCCGUCGGCCCCGCCUUUGGCUUCCUGGGCGGCGCCUUCCUGCUGCGAUUCUACGUGGACUUUGACAAGAUGGCCGCAGACGAGGCGCAGCUGGAUCGGGGCGACCUGCGCUGGGUGGGCGCCUGGUGGCUGGGCUUCCUGGUGGCGUCGUGCCUUCUCUUCGCGGCGGCGCUGCCGUACUUCUUCUUCCCCCGGAGCAUGGUGCCCGAGGAAGAGUCGGAAGCAGACCAAAAGCGUCAGCCGGACGUUUUCCAGGAAGUGGGCCUCCUUCACUUCCUCAAAAGCUUUCCCGCCAUGUUGUGUCGGACCCUGCGGAGUCCCGUCUACCUGCUGGUGGUCCUGGCGCAGGUCAACCUGGCCGCCAUGGUGGCCGGCCUCGCCACCUUCAUGGCCAAGUUCAUCGAGAAGCAGUUCGGCCAGACGGCGGACUUCUCCAACGUGAUGAUCGGCGGCGUGAGCAUCCCUCUGGCCGUGUUGGGAACCGUGUCGGGCGGCGUCCUGGUGCGGCGCCGGGCCCUCGGCGUGGGCGGGGCCAGCAAGCUGUGCGCCGCCGCCAUCUUGCUCAGCCUCUGCUGCGCCUUCCCGCUGAUCCUCUUGGGCUGCCCCACGCAGACGGUGGACGGCGUCUUCCCCCCUCGGCGUGCGGCCGCGCGCUGCGCUUCCACGUGUCGCUGCGCCCGGGAUCUGUUCCGUCCGGUGUGCGGGUCCGACGGGGUGGAGUUCACGUUCCCGUGUCACGCCGGCUGCGUCGCCAUGGAAACGGACGGCGCCAACAAAGUCACGAACUUCACGGAGUGCGACUGCGUGGGCGGGGCCGGCGGCUGGGCGGCGCCCGGAACCUGCGGUGGCCGCUGCGGCCACCUCCUUUGGCCCUUCGUGGUCCUGAUGGCCGCCACCUGCCUGACGGCGUCCUUGUGCCAGACGCCGUCCUUUGUCAUCAUCCUCAGGACGGUGUCGGCGCAGGACAAGUCUUUGGCGGUGGGCAUCCAGUACAUGCUCUUCCGGGUCCUGGCCUUCAUGCCCUGCCCGGUCCUCUACGGCUUCGUCAUCGACUCGGCGUGCGUCCUGUGGGACCGCGAGUGCGGCAAGCAGACUUCCUGUCUCUACUACGACUUGGACGGCUUCAGACACAGGUUUUUGGGCGUCCAAGGGGUCUUCAUGUGCGGGGGUCUUCUGUGCUUCUGCUUGACGGCGCUGGUCCUGCACAGGAGGAGGGCGGGGCCCGCCGGCCCGCAGGCGGCCGGUCAGAGCGCCUACGAGCUUGUGAGCGAGCGCGGCAAAGAAAAGGAAGUCAAGCCGGGACACACCUGAGGAAAGCCUUCGGUCCACAUUUUUCACAAUUCGCUUUCUGCCACAUGGACGAGCAGCGCUUGUGAGGCGACGGCAUUCUUUGGACUGGCGCGUCGGAUGGUAAUAUUCGCGGGGACAAAGUACGUGGACCUUCAGCUGGAUAUCACGUACAUCAAAACGCUACAAAGGCGAAACGAAGGGCAGGAUGUCGCCGGGGAUCUAGCCGCAGUUCCGCUGAUGUCCACCGGGCUAACUUGCGCUAAGCCGAACCCAACGCUACUUCCUGUCGCCUUGCUAGCCACACACUAAUGUAAUGCAGCCUAUGCUUCGUGCCGCCAUCUUGCCUCCGACAACCAGCUUACAAGUGUGUGUGUGUGUGUGUGUGUGUGUGUGUGUGAGAGAGUGUGUGAGUGUGUGUCUAUUUCAGUCUGUGUGUUUGUUUACGUGUGUGCAUUUGUGUCUCUUGUGAGGGCGUGUGCAUGGUUUGGCGCCAAACGUUUGGCCGCCACCGGAGUAAUUUGGUUGGUGGUGGUGAUGUUUUUAGUCAUCAUUUUGUCAACGUAGAUUAAUUGUGACAAAUACUUUGUUCGUUCCUUCUUUCUUUCUUUCUUUCUUCGGGGCUUUUCCUGAUUUGCCGAAUCACUGGGCUAACCUCAGGAAUGUGACGAGAAAAUCAAAACCACAUGGCAGGCGUGUGCGCAAGUAAACGGAUACACACACACGCACACACACACACACACACACACACUCCUCUGGUGGGUGGAGACAAAUGGGAAAUGUGUGUGCAUGUGAUAUGAUCCACAUGUGGAGAGUUCAUCACUGUGUGUGUGCAUGCCUGUGUCUGUGUGUGUUUUGUCCUGAGGGUGGCGCCAGAAGUCAAAGUUGAUAAGUUAAAAAAAAGUCCUCUCUUAUUUUUUUUAUUGUCAUGUUUAUUUUGUAGUGUCACAUUAAUGUACUGUACUACAAGUGACAAUUAAAAAAAAAAUCACCCC